CCCACCAUUUUCUAUUUCACUCAACCUAUUUCUAGGGUUUCAUAUUCGAAGACCUUGAAAAUAAUUAAUAAUCCGAGAAACCUCUUUUCGAUAAUUUCAGAUCCAUGGGAGAAGACUAUGGAGGUGCAGGGGGUAGUGAUUCGAAAAUAUUCGAUGGAGUUCGUUUCAUUCUUCUUGGGUUCAAUCCAUCAGAAGAGGCUAAAGUACAAUCUAAACUUAUUAAUGGUGGUGGAGUUAACGUCGGUGAAUAUGGUUCUAUUUGUACACAUGUUAUUGUCGACAAAAUUGUUUAUGAUGACCAACGUUGUGUUAUUGCUAGAAAAGAUGGUAAAACGGUGGUGAACUCGGUAUGGGUGGAUCAUAGUUUCGAUGUUGGAAUGCCAGUGGAUUCUAGCUUGAUUUUGUACAGACCUGUAAAGGAUUUGAGCGGAAUUGUGGGUGCAAAAUCUUUUAUUGUAUGCCUGACAGGAUACCAAAGGCAAGAUCGUGAAGAUAUAAUGAGGAUGGUAAGUAUGAUGGGGGCAAACUUCUCCAAGCCUCUGGUAGCAAACAAAGUCACUCAUCUCAUUUGCUACAAAUUUGAGGGUGAGAAGUACGAUCUUGCAAAGAAAAUGCAGAGAAUAAAGCUUGUCAAUCAUCGAUGGUUGGAGGACUGUUUAAAAGCUUGGGAGAUACUUCCAGAAUGUGACUACAACAAGAGUGGUCAUGAAAUAGAGAUAAUGGAGGCUGAAGCUAAGGAUUCUGAAGAUGAAACUGAAGAAUAUAGAGAUACGGCGCAGUUAGGGGUGGAAAAUGUCACAGACAGUUCAUUUAAGUUGCAUACUGGAAGUGGUAUUUCAACUUCAAAGGGUUCUGACUUGGCCACACCAGUAAGAGAAAGGUCCAUCAACAAGCAGACAUCUGCAGCUAAAGGCUUGUUAGAUACCUCCGAAAACAUUACUUCAAAAAUUAGUAAAAAGGAAUCAAGGGUGGGAGAUGUUGCAGAAAGUUCUUCUAAGCUGCCAGGAGGAAGUGAUGGUCUGAAUUUAGUGGGUUCUGGCUUGACCACACCAGUGAGGAAAACAUCUAGUGUGCACCUACAUGGAUCCACUGCUAAAGGCUUGAUUGAUACCAGUGAGAAUGUUGAUUCAGAAAGUAGAUUAUCAAUUAAUGCUGGAAAAUCAAUAGUAGCUGAGAAAACUACAAAUCCACUAGUUGCAAAUCAGCAGGACUUUGGUUCUCUCAGCAGUGGAGCUUAUCGUAAUGAUGAUACUGGUAGCAGGGGCAACAAAACCCCAAGCUCUAAGACUGGUAAAAGACCAUUUAGUUCUGAUGCUACAAAUACUGUUACUAUAAGUCAUACGAAAAAAAUGCACAAGACCUCUCCAGUUCCGUAUUUCUCUGGGGAGCAUUCAAGUCAUUUACGCAGCUCUCCCCUAGGGGGUUCGGAAACAAAUAACGAUGGUUUCGGAAUGUCACCACUAAAGUCCGACCAAGUCAAGAAUAAACUGGAUUUUGGGGAGGUUGAAGAUCAAAGCAAUGAGUCAGAAUUACAUCACUCCAAACUGAAAGAUGGUACACUUACUCCAAAGAAAAAAAAGGGUCUUUCCUGUUCAAGCCCCAAGUCUUCAAACACAGGCAAAGAUGGUUUUGGAAUUUCGCCACUAAAAGCAGAUCAAGUCAAGGAUAACUUGGAUAUUGGCCAUAUCGAAAAUCAGAAAAAUGGGUCGGAGUUACAUCACUCGAAACUAGAAGGAAGGGCAGUGACUCCAAUGAAAAAGAAAUCCCUUUCUAGUCCGAGCCAUGAAUCCUUAAAGAAAGGGAGUCCUGAUUCAAGAACUUUUGGAGCAACAGGUACAGUAGCAAGUACUACACUUGAAAGGGAGAUUGUUCGACCGGAGAUGGAAUCAAGUUCUACCCCGAGCGAUAGAAGCUAUCAAAUGGAUGCGGACAUCAACACUACAAAGAAUCAGUCGGUUACUCUAAAAAGAAAGCUGGGUCUUUCUGGUACGAGCUCAGGAUCUACAAAGAAAAGAAGUCCAUAUUCAAUAACUUCUGGUACUGGAAGUACAGUAGCUGGGGCUACACCAGAAGGAGACAUUAGUAUUGCACUGGAAACAAGACCAAGUCCUGCCCUUGCCAAUAGUAGCCAUGCAGCUGAAGCUAUUGCGAAUUCUUCAGCAAAUGAACCUGUUAAACUGGCAAAAAAUAAGUCUUCAAGUGUCAAAAAGAAAUCCAAGAAAUGCGGAUUGCCUGUUUCAACAAAUAUGAUUUCUGAUGAUCUGAAAUCUCCUUUGCAGCAGAAUGUGUCAGUCCCAUCUGCAGCAAAGACACCCGAGACAUCAUUAAAGGAAUUGGGACAGGCUGACUUGGUUUCUUCUCCUGACUUCGGUGAUUUCAGAGCUAGCAGAUCAGCAGGCCUGGAUACCAAGGCCUCAUCACCCGAUUCUCGAACGCCUGAGACACAGGCUGAUAAAUCUGUAGGUUCUGUCAACAUAGGUUUAAAUAAAGGCAAAAAGAACGGACCAUCUUCGAGAUCAGGGACAAAAACGAAAAGUUUGGGCACUAGACUGCUUAGUGCAGCUAGUGCUAAGGAACGGAAAGGUACUCUUAACUUGGAUCAGGCAACUACCACACGUGAAGGUUCGUUGAUUUCAGAAGAAGGCACAAAUAAAGCAGUGCAGGAGAAGCUGUCUAAUGUACAAACAGAGACGAUUGGGCUGCCGCGAGAUGUGGACAAAGUUGUGGAUCAAAACUCCAAUCACUUCCCUUCAUCUGUGAAUAUGGGUGAUGCUUUGGAUGAUGAAACUGAAGCUCCAGAGGAUGAGAAUGCUGUGAAAUCAUUUAGUCAGGAGGUGGCUCAGCUAUCCUGUAAAGCUGAUGUAGGCAUAAAAGAGAACUCAGAAAAGAUUCAGCAGUCAGGAAGUAAAGUAAAUAGCCAUCGCUCACUGAUGGAUGGUGAGAAAAUGAUUUCAGGAGUGGAUAGGGAGGAUGUUAAAAAAAAUAAGGAGGAUCAAGCUAAGAAGGUGACAGGAGGAGUGCAUUCUUCGAACCGGGCAAAUAAAGCUACAGUAUCUUCCUCGAAAGAUGUAGUCAAUGAUGAGAAGUUGGAAAUGGAGAAGACAAAUGAAGUUUCAAAUCCUAAAAGUAGAGUUCAGAGGAGAACUGUAUCUGUGAAGACAGCAGAAGAAGCGAUUUCUGUGGAGGAGAAUAAGACCAUUGAAACCGAAGGUCCGACUGUACGUUCAGCAACAUAUGUGAGGAAAAAAGUUGUAUCGAAGUCGUUAAAAAAACCAAAGCAGGCUAAUAAAAUGGUUACUGAAGCCAGUCAAGAAGAAAUCCCUGUGAGUGAGGUGAAACCUCCGUCAAGCGAGGAUCAGAGAAAUGGUGUUUCAGCCGUGAAAGAAGUAGUUGUACCUCGGGAGAUCAAGGACAGUGUAGACAAUGAGAACAAUAAAACGAGGGCAGAGAUGGUUGCAACCAAAAGAAGGGCAAGUCUUGCGAGCAAAACCAAGAAGAGCAAGAAAGAGAAACCCAUAAACGACUUAAAUGAAACCAAGUCAGCAAAACGUUCCACUGUCAACGCAGGAGAACAUGAAAACGAAACUGUGGUUGAAGCAAAAAGGAGGGUAAUUCAUGCAAGUAAUACCAAAGAGAGUAAUACUGAGAUACCCUUAGAUGGCGAGAAGGAGACCAAGACAGCUAAAAACCGUCCCAACGUCAAGUCAGGAGAACAUGAAAAUGUAGUUCCUAAACCUGAUAUUAAGUGUAAGCAGAGUAAUAAAAAGGCAGAAUCUAGUACUUAUUCAAAUAUAAUUCAGGCAGGAAGGGUUUCAAAGCCCCUAAACUCUCAACCUAUGUUGUUUAUACUUAGUGGGCACCGUCUACAGAGAAAGGAGUUUCAGCAAGUUAUUAAGCGUUUGAAAGGACGAUGUUGCAGAGAUUCUCACAAUUGGUCAUACCAAGCUACCCACUUUAUCGUCCCAGAUCCAGUUAGAAGAACAGAGAAAUUCUUUGCUGCUGCAGCAUCAGGCAGGUGGAUACUAAAGACAGAUUACUUAACUGCUUGUAACCAGGCUGGGAAGUUUGUGGAGGAAGAGCCAUAUGAGUGGUCUAAAACCGGCCUUAAUGAGGAAGGUACAAUUAGCUUUGAGGCUCCCAGAAAGUGGCGCCAGUUAAAGGAAAGGACUGGUCAUGGUGCUUUUCAUGGAAUGCGAAUUGUUGUCUAUGGAGAAUGCAUUGCUCCACCGUUGGAUACCCUGAAACGUGUGGUGAAAGCAGGCGAUGGUACCAUUCUUGCAACAUCGCCUCCUUACACCAAGUUCCUCAAAUCCGGAAUUGAUUUCGCGGUUAUAACUCAGGGAAUGCCGAAGGCUGAUUUGUGGGUUCAAGAAUUCAUAAGAAAUGAGAUCCCAUGCGUAGUGGCUGAUUACUUGGUUGAGUAUGUAUGCAGACCUGAUUAUGCACUUGAUAAGCAUGUUCUUUACAACACCAAUGUAUGGGCAGAUAAGUCAUUAGCAAACCUCGAAAUGCGCUCUAAAGAGAUUGCCGAACCGUCUUCGCCAUCUGCUGUUAACGAUGAGCCCAGUGACAGUGGUGAUGUUCCUUGCCAAGUUUGUGGAUCUCGUGACCGUGAAGAGGUAAUGCUUAUAUGUGGUGAUGAAAGUGGAUCUAUAGGGUGUGGAAUUGGUACUCAUAUUGAUUGCUGCAAUCCUCCUUUGAAAUCUAUUCCAGUGGAGGAUUGGUUUUGUCCAAACUGUAGCAUAACAUUAAACUGCAAAAAGGAUCCUCCAAAGACUUCUAAGAAGAAAGUGUCUAGUAGUAUGCGGGGUAAGAAGUAAUGUUUGCGUUGUUUAGAAUUGAGAUAUACUUGUAAAAAUAUCACUGUUGUUAGGUAGAUUUUUUUUACUGUUGAGUAGUUAAAUUUGUUUUUUUUUUUUUAACCAAGGUUUAUGGUGUUUACUUGUGGUUGGUUCCCUUAAUUGACUUGUUCAGAGAGCUUUUAAAAUGCCCUUUUCUGUAA